GCAGACCGUUUGGGACAUUCUGACAGGAAGUCCGAUACGACACGUUCUGAUGUUAAGAUGGGGACUCGGUUGAAGGUACUGAAAGCGUUCAAAGCUUUGCAUCGGACAAGAAUGGAUGUUUUCAAAGAGGACGAUAGAGCAUUGACAGCUGCAAGGUUAAAAAUAAAUGAGGAAUACAGAAAAAACAAAGAGGAAACUUCAGAAGAAAACAUAAAUAAGAUGAUAAAAAUGAGCUCUGAUGUGGAAAGUAUUCUUCGUCUAAAUGUCAUUCAAGCUGAGCAUUUAUCACAAAAUACUAUACAGCUUCGACCCCGAAAGAGCCUUCUUCUGGAGAAUGUGCCAUACUGUGAUCAACCAAGGAGAAAAUCGUGACAGUAAAAUUAUCAUUCUAGUACUAAGAUCAUGCCUCUACAAUGUUACUGUAAUGUGUCCAGACCAUUUUUUCCUGUGUAUGAAGAGCAAUUUGGACUGUCAAAAGACAAAAGGUUAUCACUAACAUGGAAAUUAUUUUCAAAAUAUUUAGACUUUACUGGACCAUAUGUUAUGUGUUACGUGUUUCAUUGUUGUAAGAUAUAGUCACAUAACUGUGCAAGCUAUUGAUUUGACUAUUAAACUCACAAGUGAAGGUGCAUUAUA